UCACUCGACCUUGACACUUGCUCCAGAAAAAUGGCGACUGCAAUGUAUUUGGAGCAUUAUUUGGACAGUCUGGAGUCCUUACCAUCAGAGCUUCAAAGAAAUUUCAACCUUAUGCGAGAUCUGGACCAGAGGUCGCAGGAGCUGCUGAAGCAGAUCGACAACCUGGCAGAGGAGUACCUGGACAAUGUUCGCGGGAUGGUGCCGGAAAGACGGACAGACCACCUGGAGAGCAUCACCAAGCUGUUCUCCAAGAGCAAGGAGUUUGGAGAUGACAAGGUCCAGCUGGCUAUGCAGACCUACGAGAUGGUGGACAAACACAUCAGGAAGCUGGACGCUGACCUGGCCAGGUUCGAGGCCGAUCUGAAAGACAAGACGUCAUCCAGCUCACGAGGCCAUGAUCACGACAUGGGCAAGAAAAACAAGGACAAAGAAAAGAAGCGGAAGAAGAAAGAAGAAUUUGAAGAUGAAAUUCCUAAGAAGAAAAAGAAGAAAGGACAGCUAUUGCCAGUUGAAGCAGACCCACCACUUCCCCCAUUCCCGUCGAUCACCCACCCGUCCGACGUCCUGGACAUGCCAGUCGACCCUAACGAGCCCACCUACUGCCUGUGUCACCAGGUGUCGUAUGGAGAGAUGAUUGGAUGUGACAACACGGAUUGUCCCAUCGAGUGGUUCCACUUUGCCUGUGUGGGUCUGACCACCAAACCAAAGGGGAAGUGGUAUUGCCCCCGUUGUCAGGAAGAAAGAAAGAAGAAGUGAUCUCCGAACUUUGUUCACAUGAAAUCAGCAUUGGUUCAUUCAUUGUUUUACUUGAGUCUCAGAUUUUAAUGUUUCGCAUUACAGAGAGAGCAAGCUAACGUCUCUCUGCUGAACAUUGUGCCAAGAUGUCCAGAUCAAAGGACAGUGGAAUGAGAGGAUAGAUUUUAAAUGAAAGAAAAUAUGAUUGACGUUUUUUUCCUUCUUUUUAUCAGCUUAGGUUCAAGGAGAUCUUUUAGUUUCUGAUGGAUGUUUGAUUUAAAAUAAUGCAAGUGUUACGGAAGCAUGGUUUGAUUCUGUGGAGAUUUUCAGUUACCAUGGCAAUGUGAGAAAAGCAUAUGUGAUGAAUAUGUGUCCCAAGUUUUGCUCUGUGGCAGUUAUAGUGAUGUUAUAUCUAGUCUUGCUUACCUUGCAUUGCAGUGUUAAUUACCUGGAGACAAGAAGUAGUAACAUUAAUGAUUGGACAAAUGGCUGUUCAAAGAAAAACUCAAAUGUAACUCAAACAUUCCAUUCAGUUGUAUCUAAAAUAUUCACAGAAUCUUCUUGUAUCACACUGAUCAUGUUCAGAUUUGUAGCAGAUUAUUAGGUUAAUUUAACUGAUUUAUCCUAUUUUUAUAGCUUAUGCCAUUUUGAGUUGAUGCUGAUGUCACCCAGAGGUGGUAAGGGGGAUAACUCAUUCAUCUCCGAACUCAAUCACGUGUCUCUGAUUAUGCAAAAUGUUGAUAAUAACAAAUAUGGACUCACCGGAACAAAAAUCACUGUAGUUUGCAUCUUGUGAGUUGCUCAGUGCCUGUUAUUCUCACGUCCAGGAAGACGUCAUUGAAGUGAUAUUGUCUUGCCUACUUGAGAGUUAUUCUUUGUUGAUUAGAGGUCAAAAUAUACAACAGUCCAAUGACAGGUUGAAGAUGUAUCACACUAUUAUAUCAUUAUUCAGUCUGAUCUAUUUUUGUAUUUUCAAUGCAUACGUGACAGAAUGACCCAGCUUAUUGUGGGUUUUGUUGAGGGUUGCAACCUGUUCAUUGUAUCCCAAAUCAUUCUUAACCUGUGAGAUUUUAGCACUUUACUGUGUGACUCAGCAAAUAACAUUGUGAGAUUCAGUAGUUCUCUUGAUGAACUGAUUUAUGCCCAUAUAUAUGGAGUACACAUCUUGUACACAAGUGCUCAUUCUGGACGUGAUGGUUGUCAGAGUUGUACGUUAGGUGUCUCCCAGUUUUCACAAACACACAUGGAGCACAUUUGGAGCACAACCUAUUAUUUCCAUAUUUUCAGUACGUGUGUGAAUGUAAAUAUGUGUUCAUCCACAGGUAGUGCUAUUGUGUAUCCAGGCCCGCCGUGAUGUUGCUGGAAUAUUGCUAAAAGUGGCGUAAAACCAAACUCAGUCAGUCAGUGUAACCAGUCUCUAUCACGCUCUGACUGAUUAAACGCCAAUAGUUCAACAUGCCAGACAGUUGUAGGGAUUUUAUGAGUACCAUCAGUAUCUGGGUUGACAGAUGUUGAGAUAGCAGAAUCUUAAACAAGCUAUAGUUCAGUCCACUUACGAAACAGUGAGUGAUGUUUCUCGUCAAGAGAAGGAAACAGGUGCUUGAUCAUCUUGGUUCUUAUAAAUUAUACUAGGAAACACUGCCAGAGGCUGCUAGGACAUUGUAUUGUCUGUGUCAUUAGUUUACUGUGGCCAUGUCGAUUGUCAAGAACAGUAACAAAUAUGUCCUCCAUACGUAAAGUAAACUUCCAGUAUUUUCCUCUUUUUGAAUAACACUUGCUAAUAUUUCAUAAAUAUUCACAAAAUUCUGCCAUCUUGACUACAGUCAUUUCCUGAAAAUUUGCAGACACCAGGUUCCUAGGUCACUGUUGUCAUAGUAACAGGACUCAUUGUGCCGUUGUCAGCGCAGAGGCGUCUUGUAUGAGUGGGUUUAUCGUCCUGGUUACCAGGGUAUUCCGGUCUGAAGGGUCACUGUCAUGGUAUAGUUGAAGUUUUCAUGUUAAUAUUUCAUGUUGAAUUUAUGUACUGACUAAUGAGCACUUUUCAAAAUGUUGUUGAUGUUUUAACAUUUUUAGCCAGUACUUUGUACAUACAUUAAAGGUUCUGUUCCACUGUUUUAUUUGCAUCAUAUUGCAUGUGUUCAUUUCAUUUGUGUUCCUUGAAAACUGUUGUUUUUUUAAACUUGUAAACUACUUGAGGAUACAGUUUGCUUUUACCCAGUACUGCAAGUUGGAAAGCUGAAAUGUUUUUAAGUUUAGAAUUAAUGUUAAAUUUGAUUCUGAGUUGUUAUUGUGUGCUAAUGAACAUGUCAAGCUGCUGCCAGAAGUACUUUGUUUAUUGACAGCAGUAUUUCUUGAAAAUUCUACAGCAAAUUAAAUACAAGACUUAACUAUACAUCCACAGUAGAUAUGAAUUUAAUACUGUGUUGAACCAGAUCAACAAUACAUACAGGAUAUAUUCAGUGAGUAUUUCUGAAUAAAAUAUCUUUAUUAUAGUUGCAUGUAUAGGGCAGUUCCUUUUUCAAAGUAACGUUCUAUCAGUAUUUUACCAGAACAUUUGUUUCAUUCAUUGUGUGAGGACUGACGCCAUACGUGUGUUGUUGAAGCAGGGGCCUCUAGUCGGUGUUAUUCCAGUAUAUGACUGUUGUAAGGGUGAACACAGUGUGCAUGAACAUUGCAGUAUUUAUUUGUCUCCGUAUCCUCCCAUAUUAUCUCCAUACUCAGUUGUGUCUAGUUAUAGAACAGUAGUUAUCUAACUUAUCUAUUUAAGACACUUUCACAACUCAUAAGAUGAGUGCAGUCUUGUAGUCUCCUGGUGGAGGUGCAGCGGCAUGAUCAGUUCAAAUGUUUGUCAAAAAUUAUUCCUUUAAAUGUUGAUAGAAAACAAUUUCCUGUACACAUUCAGUCGUUUCUGACUGAUGACUGUAUAUUGUUGGAUGUUUUGUGUACAUGUUUGAUCUCACCACAGGGACAUUUUGUUCCCCAUCAUAAGGAUAACCAGAUCUCUCUAGACUUCCUGUCUGGCAAGGCUGUGUGCCAUUACUUUCAUAUGUGGACACUGAUUCUCAUCACAAGCUGUCUUGUCAAACUUGUUUCUGGCUUGGUAUUACUAUUACAAGCAAUCGUUAAGCUGGGUUAUAGCAUUUUGUGUCUUGGAUAUGGAAGUGGGGUAUGUGUGUUGCUCCUGGACAUUCAGUUGUGUGUGCUACCCAGCAGUGUGUUUGUGGAGGACAGAUGGCCCACUGAUCAACACCAAUGUAACUGUCCGAGGUUAUUGCUUUGUCAAGUUGGCAGUUAGUGUUUGAGGCUUUGAUUCAACUGAGGUGUUGGGGAAAAUCUAUGAUGUUCCGUUCAAAAGUUGGAUUAGGUUGUGUGUUACUUCAUUUGUUUCACUAAUUUCACAUUUUCUUUUAACAAAAUAGGGCAAAUGUGCAUUUGAAAAAGUUCUUUUGCACUUCACAGGUGCAGCAAUCUCAUAGUUAUCUACACAACCCUGUCAAGUGUUUUAGUCAUACAAGGUUUACUAUUUACAUGAAUUAUUGGUAUCCUUUUGAAAAGGUCACACCCAUUUAGGUUAUUCUUUUGGCCAGUUUGUCAGGAAACUGCAUGUGCUGCAGAAGUGAAUGUAAUGAGACUCCAGGAAUGCUUUUACUGCCAGUUGAUCUCAGCUACUGGAUAUUCAGGGGGAGUAUUUAUUAAUGAAACUGUUAGAUGAGAACAAUGAGGGGGAUACAGUUACAAGUUAAGUCGUCUUGGUGGAUUGAGAAAGAAUAUACAGGUUUAUUUGUUAAAAAGUACCUGAAUUGGUGAGGCCUUGUGAAAGUUACAUUCCUCAUAUUUUACAAGGCAGAACAAUGACUUUAAACAAUAGUCGGGUUGUUUCACAAACAGUGCUAUAUUAUGGCUACCAGUAAGUACUGUUUCUCAACUUUUCCCAUUGACACAGAUGUAAGAUAUUUUUUUACCACAACUGAAACAUAUUUUCAGUAUUGGCAUCUUUCCUUCCAAAUACGAUUAAUGGUCUUUUUAUCUGUAUUUUUACUCUUUGUUAUGUUUUCCUGUCUCAGUUUUGCUGAAAUACCAACAAUAUUUUUGAAACAAUGUCUGUGACAAUGUCAUAGAACUCGGUUAUCCUAGGUAGUUGAGUGUAUCCCUUAUUUCUUUUAAAUGUUUUGAAGUAACAUGUUUUACAGGAAUGGAAGAGAGGCAAUGUUGUCAGCUAUGAUGAAAUAGAUGGCCAUCAAUACCCUAGUGUCCUGAGCAAGUCAUGAGGAGUACCUGUGUUUAGAUCCUUGUUUUGAUCUGUCAUGUUGCUCGGAGGUUGUUUUAAUUGUACAGUUUCUCAUUUUAAUGUUAACCAUUGUACAUUUGUAAAUAUCACUAUAUAAACAUGUUGAUAAUUGAA